AGCAACCCUUUCCUUGCGCUCGGGUCCGGCCUUGCCUUGCACCCAGCUCGAAGCUCUGACGCGGGUGUGACGUUAAUAAGGUGGGUAUCAAUUUGUUAUGGUGGCGAGGAGAGGAGGGAGGAGGAGAAGGAGGAGUUCCCCCUGUGAGUGCCGAAGCCCUCAGCUCUGCAUUCCGGCGGAGCUUACAGGCACACACACCGGCCGCAGCCUGGUCCCGGCCUCAAGACUUGUUGUAGAAAGUCAAAGGAAAAAGUUACCCCGCGCGUGUUGCCCGCAGUUUUUCCUUUUUGUCUCGUUGUUUAUCCGGAGCUCUGUUUGUGGAAUGGUUGACGUUUCGUCCGAGAGCUGCCUGAAGUGUGAGAGAAGGUGGUUAUUAUCGUUGUAAGGUAAGAAUUACUCUCGAUAACUCACAUUUUACUGGCUCAUUGUCACUUAAUAGAAAAACUGGUAAUUUUACAACUCAGCCAAAGUCUCUUUCUCUCUGUCUCUCUCUCUCUUUUUUUUAGUUUUCUACAUGUAUAUAUAUACUAUUUUUUUACGUAUUAUUCAGCCUCUUUUUCUUAAUAGUCGUGAAAGUGUCGCUUUUUCUUAUAGGUUAGUGAAACCUAUUUGUGUAGAUCUCUUUGUACCCAAUGAAUGAAUAUCAGCGGGCUUGUUUAUAUAUAUUACACGUAUUUGUACACCUGUAACGAGAUUGUAGUCGUAUUUCCAGCUUAACUCGUUUAUUACACCAACAAUGUUUCGAUAAAGUGAUCAUAUAAUAAUUUUAAUUCGUCUGUGUUUUCACACUGUCAGGACCAAAUGCUCGUUACACGCGGAACAAAAGCUUCUAGCAAGUGAAUUUUUACACAAGUGCAAUAAAAUGAGUAAUGUGCACCGCUGUCUCUGCAGGUUCGUUUAUCGCAGUGCUGUAACCCCAGUCUGUUGGUACGCCAUGGUAAUCAUGACAGAAACCAACCGGGGAGCUCAGUCGAGCCCUGCCCAGGGGAGGCCGCUGCAGGUCGGCUUCUAUGAAAUCAUCCGGACCCUGGGGAAAGGGAACUUUGCAGUGGUGAAACUGGCCAGGCACAAAGUCACUAAAACACAGGUGGCAAUCAAGAUCAUCGAUAAAACCAGGUUGAAUCCUUCCAACCUCGAAAAGAUCUACAGAGAAGUGCAGAUAAUGAAGCUGUUGAACCACCCUCAUAUCAUCAAGCUCUACCAGGUCAUGGAGACCAAAGACAUGCUGUAUAUUGUGACAGAGUAUGCAAAGAAUGGAGAGAUGUUUGACCACCUAACCUCAAAUGGCCGCUUGAGUGAAGAUGAAGCACGAAAGAAGUUCUGGCAGAUCCUGGCCGCGGUGGACUUCUGCCAUCGGCACCACAUCGUUCACCGUGACCUAAAAACUGAGAACCUGUUGCUGGAUGCCAACAUGAAUAUCAAACUGGCCGACUUUGGAUUUGGAAACUUCUACAAUGCAGGGGAGCCUCUGUCUACAUGGUGUGGCAGCCCGCCUUAUGCUGCCCCUGAAGUGUUUGAAGGGAAGGAGUAUGAGGGGCCUCAGCUGGAUAUUUGGAGUCUCGGUGUCGUGCUUUAUGUCCUCGUCUGCGGCUCUCUUCCGUUCGACGGAGCCAGCCUUCCCGCGCUCCGGCAGAGAGUCACCGAGGGACGAUUCAGAAUCCCUUUCUUUAUGUCACAAGACUGUGAGAAUCUGAUCCGUAAAAUGCUGGUGGUGGAUCCAGCCAAAAGGAUCAGCAUUGCUCAGAUCAAGCAACACCGCUGGAUGAUGGCGGAUCCGUCAGCUGCCCACCAGAUCCUCAGCCAUCCCCUCACGGAGUACAAUUCCAACCUGGGCGACUACAGCGAACCCGUGCUGGGCAUCAUGAACACACUGGGCAUCGACCGUCAGAGGACUAUCGAGUCUCUGCAGAGCAGCAGCUACAACCACUUCUCUGCCAUCUACUACCUGCUGCUGGAGCGAGUGCGGGAGCAUCGUGCACAGCAGCUGAGCCGCCAGUGUGGAACAUGGAGCCAGAGACCAAGGAGCACCUCCGACUCCACAAGCCCAGAGGUGAUCAUGGAGUCCACUGAGAGUUUUAGAACAACAGCGUUUUCACUUCCAACCAAAAACACCCCCCCUGUGUACUCAGAGGUAGAGUGUGACCAAGCUGGAUUGUUUCAGCGUGUAGUGUUUCCAGUGGAGGCCAGUCUGAACAGAUUGCUCUGGAACCGCUCCAUUUCACCCAACAGCCUGCUGGAGACAAGCAUCAGCGAAGAGGUGCGACCCAGAGACCUGGAGGAGGAGGAGGCAACGCAAACUCUUGGGCCCCUGCUCCCUCCAACCACCACCUCUCGCAGACACACUCUGGCUGAGGUCUCCGCCCGUUUCCACCAGUGCAACCCUCCAUGUAUCGUGGUCAGCCCCUCAGACGGUGCCUCCUCUGACAGCUGCCUGAAGUCUUCUUCCAGUCCUGCCCCCACUUUGCAAGCUGCUGUAGGUGGGGUGGCAACACUUCGGGCCUCGGGGGCUGAGGGAGGAGCUCUGCUGUCGGCUGGAGCUCCCCUGGCUCUCUCUUCCCACCUCCUGCCCCAGGCCCAGGGCAGCCUGCCCCCUGCCAGCUUCCAGGAGGGUCGCAGAGCCUCUGACACCUCCCUCACACAAGGCCUCAAAGCUUUCCGCCAGCAGCUGAGGAAAAACACGCGCACUAAAGGACUUCUGGGAUUGAAUAAGAUCAAGGGUCUGACGAGGCAGGCUGCCCCAUCACCCUCCUGUAACCGCGGUAGCCGGGGGUCACUGGGUCCAGCUCUCUCUGAGCACCGCAGCAUGCUGGAGGAGGUGCUGCACCAGCAAAGAAUGCUGCAGAUUAAGCACCAACCACAGCCUCAGGUCCAAGCCCCUCAGACAGGACCUCAACAGAAGCCCCUGCUCUUCUUGGCACACCAACAGUCACCAUCUCCUCCGCCUACUACCGUGUUUGCUUCCUCCUCCAUGUUUGACAACCCUGCUCAACCCGUCCUGCCUGCUCAGCAGGCUUCAGUGGGUCUGCAGCAGGGUCCCUGGCAACAGACCCUCGAGACCUCCGCCACGGGCUGCUCAUCCUCACCCUGCUACUCCUCUUCUCUGUCCCCCGUGGCCUCUGCUGCCUACCUUCUCGAGGCACGUCUACACAUCAGCCAGCAACCCUACCCUAACCACCACACUGGCCUCCGUCAACAGGCUGCAGCACAAGGCAAUUUCCCCAUCCUGUCCAAGUCAGCCAUGUGGAGGAUGGGCUCGGUCUCCGGCACAGACCCCGACAUGCAGGAGCUGGGUAUGUCUGGACAGCAGCAGCAGCAGCUCAGCAGCUGUGUGAUGGUGAAGUAAAUCAUCGGUCAAGCGAGACCGGCGAAUGUUCUCUUGGUGGAAGAGCCAAAAAAGACUUGAUGCUGAGCGCAGAAGAAAAGAGAGCAGAAGUGAAGAACAACAAAAAAAGCAGACGCGAGUGACGAAUUUGUCUUUAUGGGGUACACGUGAGAAUGUGUCUGCACACGUGUUCGCUGUGUGUAUGUGUUUUUUCUAAUCGUAUAAGCUAAAGACUAAGCAAUAAACCAAACUCUGGAUGAAGUGUUCGAUUCGUAACAGCCAGAGAAGCAAUAACAGACUGACAGACUCUCCUCGGCUCUGAUGGACUCACUUGAAUAGCUGACGUUGCUGAGUCACUCUCACAUUUUUAUGCUGUCUAGAUUUACUUUUUGAUCUUUUUUUUAACAGGAAAGUUCGCUCUUCCAUUUUUUCCUGUUUGUUUUUUUUUUGCCACUUGUGUAAGCGCUCUCAGUGUUUUUCACUUGCCUGGACAGAAGACCAAAAUUCAUAUUAUUUUCAGUCUCCCCACUUUGUUCAGCUUCUUGAAGAGACAUUUCUCUGUAGCAGUGCAGUGAACACGCAGUAUAGUAACCUAAGCUUACUUACACCGAAGGAGACGAUUUUUAUUUUUACUGAAACUGUGAUUUUUUUUUUCCCGUUUGUUUUUUCUGUGCAAGAUUGUUAAUUUUAGUGACGCAAAACGCUGCUUUUACCUCAAACUGCAAAAAGACUGCUACACCCUCAUCAGCCAAAACUGAGUGAAGAUGGUGUUUCGCUGGUUAAGUUAAAGCACAGCAGGUACAUCAGUCAGCCUGGUAGCACCCUACAUGUGUGGAUCCAUACCCCUCCCUCUCCUUUGUCUGAUAAGCACCUUUCUUUUUAGAUGCUAUUACUACCUCCUCAGGCAACAAUUUGGAAAGGUUAAGUAAAACCUUUAAACGCUAAUGAGCAGGUUGAAUAUCAGAGAAAGAGGGUUUUUCGUACGGAACAAAGACUGUGGGAACAGUGCAAUAUUUUACAUGAAAAAAACCAAUGGAAAUGAGGCUUAACAUAGGAUGGUCAAAAACUCCACGUGUACUUGCCUGAGGUUUUGUGUUCGUCUUUCUUUUUUUUGGUGUGUGUGUGUUUCAUCUUGCCGUGCUAGCUAGCUGACUAGAAGAGGUACUUCUUAUGAUACUGUAGUGACUUAGAGAAGAGGCUCGAGGCAUUUCAAAAUGCUGUUUUGGGGUUUUUUUGUUGUUUUUUUGCUUUUUUUAUUCACACAGCAUGCUUGUAGAUCCGAAAGGAAGAAUUUGGGUUUUACCAAAGACUCAACAGCACAAGACAUAGAGGAUCUGUCAAAAGACACACUACUGACUUUCCUCUUUGAAUGCUGUCUCCAAGAUGUAGCGUGGUGGUGUAGCGAACCAAUUUCACACGAUCUCCUUAGCCUUUUGCUGUGAGACAAAAGAAAAGAAAAGAAAAACUCCCGCUGCCACCAAAUCCUAAUGCUACGUGUAUUGUGGGUAUCUCUAGCUGUUACUAUGAGGACCAUGGUAGUGUUUGUUUUGUACUUUUCUAAAAAAAAAAAAAAAAAAAAGAAAGAAAGAAAGAAGAAGAA